UCUCUCUCUUUUUUUUUUCAGGGGAAGACCAAAGACUAGUUUGUAGGAAAACCAAAUAGAAGCCAUGUUUCGAAGACCUGUAUUACAGGUAUUUCACCAGUUUGUAAGACGUGAGUCUGAAAUAGCUAGCAGCUUGGUUCUUGAAAGAUCUCUGAACCGUGUGCAGCUGCUUGGGCGAGUGGGUCAGGACCCCGUCAUGAGACAGGUGGAAGGGAAAAACCCGGUCACGAUAUUUUCUCUAGCGACAAAUGAGAUGUGGCGGUCUGGGGAGAGUGAAGCCUACCAGAUGGGUGAUGUCAGUCAAAAGACAACAUGGCACAGAAUAUCAGUAUUCCGCCCAGGCCUCAGAGAUGUGGCAUAUCAGUAUGUGAAAAAGGGGUCCCGAAUUUAUGUAGAAGGGAAAGUAGACUAUGGUGAAUACACAGAUAAAAAUAACGUGAGGCGGCAAGCAACAACAAUCAUAGCUGAUAACAUUAUAUUUCUGAGUGACCAGACCAAAGAGAAGGCGUAGCAUGGACGAUUCUCCUUUGGCCAUUGUUUGGUACGGUCUCAUUUCCAAAUCAUGUAUAGUCUUUAUAGUUCCUAAGGACGAGAAUUAAAAUAUUCUUUUAUAUAAAAGGAGUGAUAA